CCCUAUUCCACUGAUAUAGAGGGUCCACAUCUGACAGCAUCUACGCCAGCUGUAGUGUCUGUGUGGUGCAGCUCGAGUGUGUGUGUCACACUGAAUGACAGAGAGAGCAAGGGGGGGAGAGAGAGAGAGCGUGAGCGAACAGGCUCACUGGGAAGAUCUCUGGGGUAACGGAUCUGGUUUGCUCAGCUGAAAAACCAAACACUACGGGAUGGAUUUCUGCAUGAUGUGAGCACAGGCGAGGAACAGCUACCUCACACACAAAAAGGCUCAGCUCAGCAAAGACCUGUACAGAGUCAGACCAGUCUUGGGGAUGUGAACAGAAGCAGCCUGGAGACUAAGGAUCAGCUGAACUAGUAGCGACAGUGGCAAGCAAACAUGAUGGCACGCCCGGGCUGUUUUGAGGUUUUCUAAGGAUGUGGUUGAAAGCUGUGUCAGCAGACAUCUGUCAUGCUCAAGUGCCCUGAAAACUCCACCAACAAAUAAACGCAUCAAUCCCACAGAACGUCAGUCGAGAUGUCAGGGAUGGACGCCCCCCUGGUGGGCCACAACCAGACUGGAAUCUCUCCAAUAGACAAUGGGACCUUUCUUCGUUUCUCCCCGACUUUUGCUUCCACGUCAGCAGCCGCCUCAUCACCAGGACGACCAGGCAACGUUUAUGUUUACGUGUGGCUCUUCCUCGGCCUGCUGGUUUUCCUGUUGAUGCUGCUCAUCAUCUCUCUCCACAGGCUGAAGAACAUCAUCUCUUCCUCCUCCUCUCUCCCUGACUACAGCAGUGAGGGAGGGAGCUCCUUCACCAACAUGGAGAUCUGUAGCAUCUCAUCUCAGAGGUCCACCAUCUCCUCAUUGUCCACCUGAGGGCGAUGGGAGGGAGCACAUACUGUACAGACACAUAUGUCCAUGUGCAUUUGCAUGUAUAUGCUCACAUGCAAACAACAGGCAUGCACACGCACGCACACACACACACACAAAGGCCCUGCUUCUUCUCACUGUGACAUACCAACACAAAACCACACCACCAGAUAGAAAGGAGGUGACGGUGACUUUACUCUCCAUGCAUGUAUGUUCUAUGAGGUCAGACAGCACAGGGUCUUAAGGGGCGAGAGUGACUGAACCCUUCUGAGCCUUACUUCAGCUAUAAAAACAAAUGAACCUGAGGAACUGCUUUCCAUAUGGGGUAUAAGGAUUAAGGAGGAACAAUUAUCUUUCCUCUACCUUUUUUUUUAUAAGCUCCUUUGCUGUUCUGUAUCCAUCAUAUUUACCGUAGAACAUGGUUUUGAAGCUUUGUACAGCACGUUUCAUGUCUCUAGACUACGCUGCAAAGUCAGUGUUAAAAUAUUAUUAAAGACCAUUACCUUGUAUAGAAAUGCAUUCUUGUGUCUUAGUUUCUCAGUAACACUUUCAGAUGCUCCAACUCCAAUUUUUUUAACCAUAAAAAAGUGUGCACAUGCCAACAUGGCGCAUCAGUCUCCCGAGUCUAGAAAGAGGUGAUAGACAUGGUGUUGUGGAUGUGAAGGUGAGAAAGAGACAAAGGCUGUAGACUUCUGACAGGGAGGCAGCCUCUGGCUGCAGCUAAAGACAGACCAGGUCAAAAAUGGCAUAAAGUACAAGAUGAAAUUCUGGUCCUGAAAGACAAGUCUGCCAGCAUGACGGAUUACUCUCUCUGGCCUGUCAGCUCCAACCGCAUCUCAUUGAAGUCUCCAUACUGACUGAAGCUUGAGAGCUCUGUGCAGCUGUCAUACUGUACUGUAUACCUUGUGACUGCAAAUCUCUCUUUGCUUUGUGGGCUACCAAAUGCCUUCAAUGUGUUCUUCCCCUCUUGCCGUGUGUGUUCUAUUAACCCCUGUACUUGAUGGAUUCUUAUUCUCAUCUCUAUUUGAUUACUGCAUCUGCUGUACAAAGCAAGUCAUCUGAAUCUCCCAGCACCCGAGUACAAGAUGUCAACAGUAACUAUUAACCAAAUUCACAUCUAUUUUCCUUUAAAAAGCUCUACAAGAGUGACUGAAUUACAUACCUUUCACGAGUUUGAAUUAAGAUGUAGUGCCGAACUCUACAGAUGGAAAAAACAUAGCUGGGGCUAGAAAUAGAAACUGGACAUUUUAUAUAAAAACAAUUUCCCUGAUUGUCUGCUUUCAUGUUUAUAAGCAGUUAUGAUAAAAUUAUGAAAAAUAUGACUGACAGCAACAGGCAUCUGAAAUGAAAAUCACAGCAAAGCAGUUAGUUCAACAACAGAGUCACAUGCAUAUAGAGUACAAUGUAUAAUCUCAGGAGUGUCUUGAAACCGUUGAGGAAGAUUCCUUUUGGUGUCUCACCCUCCGCAGCACUACUGUAAAAGAAAUGUUAUUGACAUACAAUAUGUGACCAAUGAAAAGUCAUCAAAUUCUUUGCAUAUUUUAUUUUUCUUAUGAUUUUUUUCAACUCACACAUCAUAUUUUACAUCUUUGCAAUAAAACAUGAAUACAAUAGUUUUUAUGGUUUCAUAGAUCCAAAAAUAUUUAACCUUUUUUUGGAUACGUAAGUUGAACCUGUUGAUACGAGUAU